AAGGCAGCUGGCAAGUUCAGGGUUCAGGGCAGGGUAUGCUUUGUGGGACUGAGGGAUGCUGGGAGAACCUGGAAGCCAGGUCUGCUUUAAUAUGAUGUAAAAUAUGCACCUUAGUUCCUUGUCUCAGGGUCUGAAAGCAAAUGCUGUCCACUUUGGUUUUUAAGACAGGGUCUCCCGCUGGCCUGGAGUUCACCAUGUAGGUUUGAGUUGGCUGGCUUAUGGGCCCCAGAGAGCUGCAUGUUUCUGCCUCUCUGGUGCUGGGAUUACAAGGCUGCAACAAGACCUCAGUUCUCACCCAGCCCUAAUUAUGCAAAACUAACAGAACAGCAGUCUACAUUACAAGAUGACCAGCAGCCCUGCUGCCUGGCUACCAGUUGUCACCUGAUAAUUGUGCCAGCCCCAAAUAACUCAUACUUUUCUAGGAUGCCCACCAAGGAGGCACAUCACUCCUGGGAGCUUCUGCUCGCUCACACACGUCUUACUGCAUCGUGGCGACUCGCUUCGUAGAAGUGGGAGUUUUGCCUUCUGGUUUCUCUGAGCUCAUAGGGUGUGGUAAAUGAGGAGAAGGUGGUAAUGGGGACAGAUUGUACUCUGGGAAUUUGGGCAAAAACUCUAGUGUUUUGAAGAUGACUUUUACAUGAAUUCAUGAAUACAAAGACAGGUAGCUUCAGAUCAUUUGUGGGACCCUGUCUUUCCCAUAGUCUGGGGAUCACGGUCAAUGCUUUUGUAAAGGAUCGUGAUUGGGAUUUCUAACCAUUCAAUGUUAUUGACAGUGCAGCUUGGCAACCACCAAGUUUUGACCAUCACAACGGAAUCCAUCACUGAGAGAUGGUGACUGACCCAGUGACUUAUCUGCAUGUUAGUGACCAACGUGUGCUAGCAGUCAAGGCGGAACAGAAGUGGCCUUUGACUACUCCAGCAACAGUGGUUGGUGUUAAUUUUAUCCCAGAUGAUAUUAAUCGUGUUGCACUUCGAAGGUUGUAAAUCUGGAUGCACUCCUGAGGAUUUAAUUCUCCACACGGCCUGGCCCUAACCCUACCGCAGAACCUUGUUUGCUCAGGUAGCCUGUCUCUUGGCUUCAUUUGUCUGAACCAGGUUAAACACCAAUCCUCAGUGGCAGAGUGACCUCAUAGGAGCCUAGAGUUGAGGGGCAAGGUGAAGGGAAAGAGAAAGACGCGGAGCAAAAGAAUGUCAGGACACCCGACUUUUCUACAUUGCUUUUGGAGAUUAGACUCAGGUCCCUAUGCAAGGCAAGUAGUUCAUUCACCCAGCUGUCUCCCAGCCUUAGCAACAGUCUUAUUUAAAUUUGACUUCUUUAUACAGAGUCUGUCUCUAAACAAUCUACCACAUUCUGCCACAUUCUUCUCCUUCUCUUUGAUUGGGGGAAUCUAGUUGAACUCCUAAGAAUUCUAGAAACCCCACCCUGCAGCUCUGUGGAGGAUGCUCUGCACAGAAAGGAAGGGACAUGUUUGAUAGAGACAUUCUUGGCUUGUCACUUCCAGUGUUUCCUGAAGGUCAGUCGAGGUCGGUUGUGUGCCAGAUCUUGAAGCCUGUGAGCUACUGGGUGACCUUCUAGUGUGUUUCCUUUGUCUAAACUUGUUGAAGCUGGCGCUGAUGUUUCUGGCCUACGAAUGCUGGAGAAUCACAUCGGGACAGAUAUUACCGCUAACGCUGCCACUCACCAGACAAACCAACUCUACCAUUUUGGGUCAAAUUUAAAGCAAGCGUUAAUUAAAUAUUAAAUACUGAUCAAGAGAAUGGGACUUUGGCCAGGGCCAUUCCCUGCAAUUUCCCAGCCAGAAUGGCCUCAAGCCACAUUGUUGCAGGGGUUUCUAAGGACAAGCCUGUAGGCCACCACACUUUCCCAUGAGGCUUUGUCAUUCCUGAAGAAGUACAGUUCCCAGUAUUUCAGGCAGUUAGUGGUUCCUGACAGGUUAGUUUUUGGGACAUUCCAUUUUGCCUCUUUUUCCUCCUGUAGUUUGAUGUGGACCUUGGUUAAAUGGCCUGGAGGAGAGAAGCCCACUGUAAUUAUAUCACAAGGAGAUUCAGGGAAAGGUGGGUGGAACCCAUGGAGUUUCGGUCCCUCACAAAAUACCUUUUACUACCAAAGUCCCUUCCUUUAGUUAGUUACCGUGGAUGACAGAUUAAAGAGAUUCAAAGAAAAUUCGAGAGUGAGGUGCCCAUGUUGCCUCUAAGCUUUCUCUUGAUGAUAGCUGACAGAAACUUCAGAAACAGCACUAGACGUGUUUAUCCAGUAGGUGCCCGUACUUUUGUACUCGACUCAGUAUAUUCCUGCAGAAUCUGUCUGUCCGUUGCAGAGUGCUUGCCUAACAUGUGAAGUCCUGGGUGUGAUCGCCAGCACCACAUAAACUGGGUGUGGCCCUAUAGCACGCUGGAGGUGGAGACAGGAGGAUCAGAAGUUCAAAGGAAGGUCGAUGAUGAGAUCGUCCAGUGGACAGAGGCGCUUAGUGCCAAACAUGAUAGAGUAUAAAUAAAUGGCCUUUCUCAAAAAACGCAAAGCCAAAAACAUUAAAUGUUUUUAAAACGUAAAUGUUUAAAAAGCCAUUAAAAGCUUCAAGGUUAUCUUUGACUUACUAACAAGUCCAGACCGUACAGAAGUACUUGAGACCCUGUCUCCAAACAAUUAAAAAAGUCACUGCAGUAGAUGUCUUACUUUACGAUCGAUCUUUCGCAAGGUGCUAAUUCCGAGCGAGUGCUUUACUUUGGCCUUAAGACAGAUUUCCUUUGGAGCCCAGGAAGGCAGGGUGAAUUUGCUAAGGAUUGCAGUCACGGAAGCUUGCAGCUCUGAGUGGGGAGCGCCCCGUCCAGUCGAAUGUGGGUGAGAAAUGGAUGUGAAUUUCAAACUUAACACAGCUUUGUUAACUUCUCAGGUCUGCUGUUAAUUGUGGCAAACAGCCUGGGAUGUCUUUGUGGAUUCUUUCAAUGUCUUUGGUGAUCUUGCCAAGUGGGGUCGCCCCUUCACCAUUGAAAGCAUCUUACUAAAUGAAACACUUAGUUCCUUUAUGUAAUUUUAACUAUGUCACGACAGCUCGACUCUCCAUUUGGUCCAUCAAAAUCGUGUUUUGUUUAGUUCACAUGAUCUUUCAGCCUAUUUUUAGAUUUUAGAAGUGCUUUUUAUGUACUGGAUGGAAAAGCCUUAAUUUAAAAAAUUACUCCCCACCACCCUGGGGGGCCUCCCAUUGUACUUUAACAAUAGAGGAGAGGUUACAUUGUUUAUUCUGACUGUCUUGUGCUGGUGGUCAGGGAACCUUAGCCGCACAGCUGGGAGAGCCUUAAGGGUGGCAAUUCAAGUCCUUCAUUAUUGAGGUUGCUGGCCCAAAGAGCUGCGGGCUUUUCCCACUGGCCAGACGGGUGGGCAGAACAAUCCAGACCUCCAGCCUUCUCCUUAAGCCUCUAAGGACUGUCCAUCCCUUCAGUACUAGAUUGCCUGUUGACAGUCUGGUCAGUACUGAGGAAAUGCCUUUCCAGCCGAGUCCUGUGAGACCCGGAGUCAUGUGAGACCCGCGGAAGAAAAGAUACUUCAUCUUGGCUACUUUUUCUUUCUCAUUUCUGAAGAUGGGUUUAUGCUCGCUGCCCCCUCUCCUUCUCCUCCUUAGAUGUGAAGGGAAAGGAUAGUGUUCAAAGGUUAGGAAUCCAGAAGAGCCUAACUUCCUCCUCUUUGCUGUUAGCAUAGUGGCGUUUCUGGCUGCCCAUCAUAGUCCUCUUCCUGCAUCCGGAGGGAUUCAUUUCCACAAUGGCAGUUUUAUGACGUCCACUGGAGCCUCAAAAAUGACUAAGGGAAAACUUCGAGAAUAAGGUUUUCAUGGCCCACUGCUUGGUAGUGUGAUAUAACCUCGCACUACUUUCUGGUUUCAGCACAGUGAUCUGUUUGUCCAGUAUAUUUUCCAUGCAGUCAACCACUUAGGAGCCACUAGUUAGCCGUCUAAUCGCUGAAUACUGCUCGUGUUUAAACCAGUUUUAUUUUACUUAAGAAUGGCUCCAAAGGGCAAGAAUACUGAUGCCGAUAUACAAUAAUGAAACUAUAGAGAGAUCCUCUUAAAUGAGGUGAUAAAACACAGUAUUUCUCGAGGACAGAGGAGAAAAAGAGAGAUCCCCUCAUAUAUAACCUUCACUGUGAUAUAUUGUCUCAUUUCUUCGUUUAGUAUCCUUUACAGUUGCCCUUUUACUACUUUUGAUCUAUUAGUAGAUAUUGUUUAUAAAUUAAAUUUUGUCAUAUGUAUGUAUGUAUAUAUGUAUAUGUGUAUAUGUGUAUAUGUGUAUAUAUGUGUGUGUGUCUGUGUGUGUGGAGGAUUACAUGGGCUCAGUACCCGCUAUGGUUUCAGAUAGCCACGUGCCAUCGUGGGGGCUCUCUGCCAAGGUGCUGACGGUGACUACCGUAUAUAGAUCUGUAACACCCACAGGCAAAGGUGGAGCCAGGAGCAGCCAAGAGCUUUAUCCAGGGCCUCUCACUUUCUACUUUCUAAUCAGGACAGCUCCUCCUCCCCUCAAUGGUCCCUCAGCUCCGCCUUCUCUUUGUGUGGGACCAUCUCUACCCUAUUUCUAUGUGUAGCUGUGCCUCGUGAAAAUCAAAACAUCAUCACAGGAGAAAGUUCCUUCUAUAAUCUAGCCUAGUGCUUUCUAGUACGCUGAGGUUAGUUCUUAAGGCUUUUAGUAUUUCUAAAAUUUUAACUAUUCCCCUUGUUUUGUGUGACAAUCCACUUUUGUUUUCCUGUUUUGUUUUUGACAAAAAACAUGCACGCAUAAUGACUUAAGUUAAUUGUUUAGCAAACAACUAGUUUCCAACCUCAGAUAACCGACUGACUUACAAGACCAGCAGUGGUGUCCGGGCUGCGUCCCAUAAUGCACGACAACGUUGGUUUGGCACAGUGGCAACUUUUGACUUUGUGGCGUUAUAACUUUCUGAGUUUACCUCCCAAGACCAAAGAAAUGUUGAAUUGCUAGGUGGGCCUUGGGUAGGGCACACAGGGACCUCGCUCUAUUGAAAAUAGCAGCCACCUAGUGGCAGCUGUCUGUACCUGACUGCCGGGGACCUGGACUGAUUUCUCCUUUCUUAGAGGUUUUGUCUGACAGCUUGGGGUCUCAUCAGAGCCUUUCCAUGUAGUCUUUUCUCUGUGAAUGUGUGGGCUCGAUUGCUGUGCUAUCCCUAACAAUGAUAUGUCUCUUGUCUUGGUCUUCCGGGGAGAAGUGGUCUCAGCUCUGGCUGCUGCUCCUUAGUUCUGAGCCCUUGACACUGUGCCAACACUUCUGUAGCAUUGAAGCUCUUGAGGUAACUCCUGUACGGGGCCAUGGUUUGCAAAUACCAACUUGGACUAGCACACUGGGAUCAAAAGCACACAAGGGAAAUGCAGCAGGGCCCCACUGGGCUCCUCAGAAGAGGUGAGAAGGGAUUCUUUUUUUUUCCCUCAGAGCCAGGGAGAUUGAGAAGUCCAGGGGGUUGGCAUCCGAGUUGGCCACAGAAAGUACAGCUGUCAAGGACUUGGCACUGUUUAGCUCCAUUCUCCCAAAUGCUUUCAUGGACUCCCAGCUCGCUCUGAAAUAGCUGUGAGUAGAAAUCUGAGUGCGCUGUGCCGUGAAAGACCGAACAAACUGACGAUUUGGAGAAGUCUUUUUGUCACCCCUCCCCUUGCGGUGCCCACUUUCUCCACCCACCCCACCCCCCAAUAAAUAAUGUGAUCAAAUAAUCCCCCCCCCUUAUCUUUAGAAGUCCAUGGUGGUCCGAAUAUCAAAGGGUGGAAGGGCUCACAAAACUUUGAGGUAAACAAGACCGAUUUGCAUAGGAAGAGACUUGGCUCUUUUUGCCUACAGCUGAGGAGUUUUGGGAGAAAACUGGCCAAUUCGCUUUGUCCUGAAGGUGAUUCCCAAGAGCUGAAGCCUAGCUCCCCUUUGAGGUCAGACUGAGUUAACAAGUGGAAGCCUUGGCAGUUUACUAAUUCAUAACUGUAUCCCCUCCUCCCUUUGUGUUGCCAAAUACUAUAAUCUGUGACCUGAAAGGAAGAACACUGCCAACAAGUAAAUAUUUAAAAGGUCCCCUGAAGUGUAACGUGUGUGAAGUGUGUGAAUUGUGCCUGGGAAGCCCGUCCGUCCGCCGGGUGAAAAGGAGUGACUCAUUUCUCAUCUGCUAACGAGAGCAAGGUGGUUGUUUUACGCGGUUUCCAACUUAGACGAGGAGAGCCGAUGGACCGUCCACUAUACGGCGCCGUGGCACCAGCAGGAGAAUGUGUUCCUCCCCUCCACAAGACCCCCCUGUGUUGAGGACCUGCACCGCCAAGCGAAGCUCAACCUCAAAUCAGUGCUGAGGGAAUGUGACAAGCUGAGGCGCGAUGGCUGCCGAAGUUCUCAGUACUAUUCUCAGGGACCCACCUUUGCAGCCAGCUCCAGCCCAGGCGAUGACUAUCAAGAGGAAGAUGCAGAAACAGACCGAAAGUAUUCUCUCUCUUCAUCUGAAGAAGAAAGAUUUAUUGGUAUCAGGAGACCUAAAACGCCAACCUCAGGUGACUUCUCUGACCUUCAUACUCAGACAAACUGGACCAAGUCCCUGCCGCUGCCAACACCAGAAGAGAAGACACGACAGCAAGCCCAGACAGUCCAGGCUGAUGUGGUUCCUAUUAACAUAACUGCGUCAGCCACGGGCCAAGAGGAUGAUGGUAGCACCCAUUCUCUAUACUCCCCAGACCACUACUCUACAUUAGGAAGGCUUGAUAGCUAUCGGUCCACGGGGCAAUGCUUGGAAACCAGGGACUCUGGCUGUCAGACAGAAGAAGUGAAAGUCAUCCCACCGUCAGUGAGAAGGAUCAGGGCUCACAAGGGGCUGGGCAUUGCUGCCCAGAUGAGCCACCUCUCGGGUUCCUCUGGCAACAUGUCUGUGCUGAGCGACUCGGCUGGUAUCGUGUUCCCAUCUCGCCUCAAUAACGAUACUGGUUUCCACAGCCUUCCACGCGCUGGCGCAAGGGCAAGCACGUAUUCCCUGGAGGCAAGGAUGGGUGCCCUGGGCUCUGCUGAAGAUACGGAUGAUACUUUUCCCUACCGAGGGGGUAGCUCCCAGGGGCCUGAAAACUUUGCACAUUUAGGGGGUGCCUCGAGUACCGGGAUGCUUUCGAGGCCCAAAUCCCAGCAGCUGAGGCUCUUGGAGAGCCCAGCGUGUGUGGUUUCACCGCACGCGGCCUACUCUACCAGCGUCAUCCCAAACGCCACACUGCUGUCCUCUUCGGAGGUUAUUGUCAUCCACACCGCUCAGAGUGCAGGACAGCUGGACAGUAGAGUCCCCGGCUCAUCCUCAUACUCAAAGAUAAAACCCAGAGACCAUCCCACACCCAGGUGCUCUGCGAGAGAUGAGCGCCAGUCCCCACGACAUCACUGGAACGAGGGUCAUAUCAUUCACUCACAGGCUUUAGCCUCCGCUGCCCCCGGUGCCACCGCACUGUUAUCCCUCCGUGACUCAGAGGUCUCUCUCAAUGCCCCAGCUAUCAAUAGGGAGAACGGGUCCCAAGCCAUACUUUAUCACUGUAGAAGCAACCUGGCCUUUCCUGCCCACCCUCCGGAUGUGGAUGGCAAGAGCGAGUGCAGUUCUUCAGGGGACAGGGGAUGUGGCAGUUCUGAGUCCUGGGAAUACAAAGCCUCCAGCAAUGGGCGGGCUUCCCCACUGAAGCCGCACCUUGCGACUCCCGGUUGCUCUACCCCCACAAGUAACAUGAGCAGCUGCAGCUUGGACCAAGCAUCCCUCAAGGAGGAUGCCAGGUCCCUGUAUUCAGAGGACCACGAUGGUUACUAUAUGACCGCCCAGGGUGAUUCUAGACACGAGGCUGGGAGCGCGUACGGUAUCAGUGAUGGCUUUGGAAACCCCAGGCACAGCACGGUCAAUGUUUUUGACGGAAGGGCUCAGAGAAGCCAAGGGGAUCAGGCCACUCAGCAGGAUAGAAUCCUCUCAAGAAACAUCUCUCUGAAGAAAGCAAAAAAACCACCACCGCCACCAUCCCGGACAGAUUCUCUGCGAAGGAUUCCCAAGAAGAACAACCAGACAAAUGGGCAGGUGCUCAACGAGAGCCUGAUCGCCUCACUCCAGCAUUCUCUGCAGCUAAGCCUCCCUGGCCAAGGCAGCGGUUCCCCUUCCCAGAGCCCCUGCAGUGACUGUGAGGAACCCUGGCUCCCCAGGUCCAGAAGCCAGAGCAUUGUUAGCGAGGGUAGUAGCUUGACCUCCACCACCACUCCCAACGUGUAUUCUCUGUGCGGGCUCACUCCAUCUCAGAGCGACACAAGCAGCGUCAAGUCGGAAUACGCAGACCCCUGGGGCUACUACAUUGACUACACAACUUUGCAGGGAGAUCCAGGGAACCCCACAGGGGGCUGCCCAGCCAGUAGUGAGGCAGCCACUGGAAAUGGGCCAGUGCGCCACAUCCAGGAGGGGUCGAGAGCCCCAGUGCCCCAAGUGCCGGGCUGCUCCGUGAAACCAAAGAUCACCUCACCGGAGAAGUCACAGAGAGUCACCUCUCCAUCCAGUGGGUAUUCUAGCCAGUCGAAUACACCCACAGCACUCACCCCCGUGCCUGUGUUUUUAAAAUCGAUGUCACCAGCAAAUGGGAAGGGGAAGGCCAAGCCCAAGGUACCAGAAAGAAAAUCGUCUCUGAUCUCUUCAGUGUCCAUCUCCUCAUCGUCCACUUCCCUCUCCUCUAAUACCUCUACGGAAGGAAGUGGGACCGUGAAGAAACUGGAUUCAGCCCUGGCCUCGGCCCUUGCUCCUCCCCCUCCUCCUCUUCCCGCGCUGCCUUCUCCGAGUCUGGCAAACAAGUCCCCCUUCCUUCCACCUCCUCCUCCUCUAGCAGAUUGCUCCGAGGGCUCUCCCUUACCGCCCUCUCCUGUGUUCCCCCCUCCACCACCAGAAGCCCUUGUUCCCUUCUGCUCCCCCACUGACAGGUGCCUUUCUCCUUCCCCCACAGCUUUUAGCCCCCCUCUUCCAAGAUGCUCACCUCCCUUGCCAGCACCUCCACCUUUCUUGCCCCCAUCAGAACCCCCACCUGCUCCGCCUCUGGACCCCAAAUUCAUGAAAGAAAACAGGCCCUUUAUCAAAAACUCUAGCCAGUCCGAAUCCUCUAGGGAGGCCCUCAGGCGGCCUGCCAACAAGGAGGAGGGCUGCCGACCCUCGAUGCCCCUGAUCACCACAGAAGCUUUGCAGAUGGUGCAGUUGAGGCCAGUGAGGAAGAACUCAGGUGCUGAGACGGUCCUGUUUUCUGAACCAUCAGCUCAGGAACCACGAACCCCGACUGCUCCACAGUAUCACUUAAAGCCAUCUGCUUUCCUCAAAUCCCGAAAUAGCAUAAAUGAAAUGGAGAGUGAAAGCCAGGCUGCCUCUGUGACGAGCUCGCUUCCGAUGCCUGCCAAGAGCCAGAGUCAGGGUGACCAUGACAGUGCAGUCGAGCGUGGCGGCCUUCAGAGCUGCAGCGAUGGAGCUCCAGGCCCGGGUCCCAGCCUCAGGACCGCUCUGCUCCCAGACUCUUCACCCAGCAGGAAGCCACCCCCCAUCUCCAAGAAGCCCAAACUGUUCCUGGUGGUACCACCUCCGCAGAGAGAUUUCACAGCGGAGCCCACAGAGAACGGGAGCGAAGCUUUCUCAGGCGUGCCCAGCCCUACCGGGGCAGAGGGGGAAGCUGGGCAGAGCCAAGAGGAGAAAUCCAGCCCAGCAUCCCAAGCUGGCUCUCAUGCUACGGCCCCCACCUCCGGCAGUACGGUUCUAGAAAGAGGAACUGCAGGGUCCUUGUCCCCUGGCGUUGUGGAAGCUAAUGCCCCCAUGGUCCAACCUAGUACAUCACCGGGCCCCGCACAGGAAGAGGCAGGAGAGAACCGCGUGGAUGGUGAGAGAAAUGUGAAGAGCUGCGCGUCUCCACGGGGCGGAGAAGCUGGGUUGCCGGAACCCAACACAGCUGGUCCGUCUUCAGACACGGCAGACGUUUCUAAAGAAGGAGGGAACGAUGAGGUGCUGACCCCUACCAGACCCAGGACAACGGAAGACCUGUUUGCAGCCAUUCACAGAUCCAAAAGGAAAGUCCUUGGUCGGAAGGACUCCGAAGAUGAUCACACUCGAAAUCAUUCUCCCUCCCCGCCUGUGACACCCACAGGUGCUGCCCCUAGCCUGGCCUCUCCAAAGCAAGUAGGGUCCAUCCAGCGAAGCCUAAAAAAGAGCAGUACCAGCAGCGACAACUUCAAAGCUCUGCUGCUCAAGAAGGGGAGUCGCUCGGACACCAGCGCUCGCAUGUCCGCGGCGGAGAUGCUCAAGUCCACGGACCCUCGAUUCCAGAGAUCUAGGUCGGAGCCUUCGCCAGAGGUCCCGGACAGCCCAUCCAGCUUCUCUCCCAAUAAGAACAGGAGAGCUCCGGAGGAGUGGGCCAAGAAUGAAGGACUGAUGCCUCGGAGUCUGUCCUUUUCCGGCCCUCGGUACAGCCGCAGCAGGACGCCACCCUCUGCGGCCAGCAGCAGGUACAGCAUGAGGAACCGCAUCCAAAGCAGCCCCAUGACAGUCAUCUCUGAGGGAGAGGGAGAGCCUGCCGAGCCCGCAGACAACAAAGUACGCAGGACCCUGGACACUACGAGGGGAUGCUCUCUGGACAGACUGGCGGGACAGGAGACGGACCGGGGCAGCCCGCUGUGUAGCGAGGAGCCUGCCUCUGUGGAUGGGAUAGGAAGGGCUAAGGACGACGGUCCCUCGGAGCAGUGUAGGGGUCCUGAACAGAAGAGUUAGUAUCCAAACUUGCCUCUCAUGAGUGAGGCAGGAAGGUGAGCCGUGCAUCACACUAGGAAGUCUCUGUGGCCUUUUCCUGGCUUGUGGGGACCCCACGCAGCAUUAGUGUUGGGGAGGUCUCAGCCUUGCAAGUCUCCUAGGACUCACUCGCCAUGUGGCUUAAAAGCAAGUAGAAGCUUCAACUUCUGAAAGUGCUUCCUGGGGAAGAUGGUUUCGUUUGGUUUUGUUUUUCCCAAAAUGCUGGGUGUGUGCCUAUGUGUGAAUGUUGAAUACUUCACGCUAGCAAAUACACACACUAACGUUGUGUAUAGGAAGAGGAGAAGAGGGCAGAGUUCAGGUAGCUAAGUAACGGAGUCCUCUGGACCAGGGUGGUAACUGCUUUCAACUGCAUUAUGGGUAUGGGGAAUGUGUGAGUUCAACUAAGAAGAGACCGGAGGCCGUUACUUCUCACAGGCAGUGGGCUGGCUGGUUCUAAGUAUAGAACAUGACUGUGUGUACAUUUACUAUAGCUCAAGACACAAGCGGGAACCGUGAAGGGGCUGGGAAGUGGCUAAGCAACUCAUUGGUUCAGGUACUUUUAGGGGGCGGGGGAAGCCUUGCUGCCACCACUGCAGUGCAUCAUCCUCCUCCUCUCCCCUCCCCCUCCUCUCCCUCCCCUGUCCUCCCCUCCCCCUCCUCCCCUCCCCCUCCCCCUCUCGUAAAAAUUACACAAAUGAAUUGACAAGGCUGUGUGUUGUGCCCGUUGCAUACAUUUCUAGCCCUGAUGUCAGAAGCAUGGGUGGGAUUUUUUUGUUUGUUUUUUAAAAAUGAAUUCCCUUCUGGAGUUGUUCUAGAGGAAUGAGACAAGAGAGGUCUCCUGAGAGAAGGGUAGGGGACUGGGUGAUUCUGCCGGAUUUGUUUCCCGGUUAAUUAAAUAAAAUAUUUUCAGGCUUAUUAAAUCAGAAAACGUGCACUGUAGAAUUUUGGGUGGAGCUUUUUCCUUUAAAAAGAGUUGUUUUUGUUUUAAAAAUCAGAGUUCAGACUUACAUGUGACAGUUUGUCACUUGAAAUGUGACACUUGACAUUCGCUCCUUUGGUCAUAACCAAAGAAAAAUAAUACGGCAAUUUUUCACCCCUGAACUGCUCACAGCAUCGUGUUUUAAUUUAGAAGGUUUACCAAAAUCUACUCUAUAUUAUCUCACUUUGAAGAAAACCGCUGACUCUUGUUAGUGGGAGAAAUUGAUGAAAAUCUGUAGGGCAUGGCUAUGACUUAGCCCUGGGAAAUGAGUUUUUAGAUUAAAAAGGUUUUGUUUUUGUUUUUUUUUUUUUUUGCACCGCCUGGUUUGUGUGAUUUUGUAUUUGUUGCUGACUCCCUUCCAGGUUCCUCCCGUCAUGCUUUAGAAUGGGGAUCAAGGUGUGCAAAUGUUAUUUAUUUUACUAUAAUGUCCUUGGGAUCCUUACCCACUACCGGGUGUAUCCAGAUAGAAUGCACUCCACCUUAUUCUUUCUCACAGUGGUGACACUGGGCUUCUGAAGCUGCUAUCACUUGCUGUGAACCAUGUGUGAUGACAUCUGGAAGUCAAACCACACAAGCUGAAGCCUUGUAAGGCUUCUUCCACAGAACCACUGAUAGCCAUUUUAGAUACAGCUCUGGGGCAAGAACUUAGCAAACAGAGCACUUCUCACAGCCACAAAUGACACCCUGACAUGUGACCACGGAGGUUUUUUUUUUUUUUUAAAUCCCUUGUGUCAUUUUUCAACUGCGCAGGGCACACAGAUCAUUUCUUCUAAAUCUUAGGGAGGUCAUGUUGACAUUUGAAUACCUAAAAAGGAUUAGAAUGUAUGGCGUGGAUAUCAGAAAUAAUAUAUCGAUAUUUGUUUGAAGGUAAGACAAGCAGCAUUAGAACUAAUUAUAAAAUGAUUUUAAAUCCCCCAUUUAAAAGGUAUUUAUUAGGUUUUAAGUUUGUUUUGAAUAAAACAAUUGUAAAGCCAGCA